AUGGAGGUUGCUCGUCCAAGUGUAGACUUUCAUGCUACAGUUUGGGGAGAUUAUUUUCUUAAACAUGCUUCCAAUGAUUCAACGGAAAACAAAAGUAUCACUGAUCAGAUGGAGCUUAAAAUUCACAGUGACUCUAAGGAGGAAAUAAAGAAAAAAUUGAUUACAAUAACUGGCCUGUCAGAAAAAAUAAACUUUAUUGAUACAAUCGAACGCUUGGGAAUAGGUUAUCAUUUUGAAAGUGAUAUUGAAGAUGCAAUUCAAAAUAUCUAUGGUAUUUCAUUUCAUGAUGCUCAUCCUUGCAACGAUAAUCUUCGUACUUGCGCGGUUCUAUUUCGAUUACUUAGACAACAUGGUUAUAAUAUUUCAGGGGAAAUAUUCAAAAAAUUCAUGGACAACAAAGGAGAAUUCAAUGCAACAAUAAGAAAUGACAUCAAGGGGAUGUUAAGCUUACAUGAGGCUGGACAUUUAAGGCACAGGGGAGAAGAAAUAUUGGAGAAAGCACAUAAUUUUACUACAAGUCAAUUUGAGGCUAUAUUGCAUGAUAAUGAUCUCAUAAAUCAAUCCAACCUUAUAGAACAAAUAACUUAUGCUCUCAACCAAUCCUUGCACAAAGGAUUUAUAAGGAUAGAGGCGUAUAAUUACUUCUCAUUCUUUCAAAACGAUGAAUCACAUGACAAGAUAUUGUUCGAGUUUGCGAAACUCGAUUUCAAUAUUUUGCAAAGUGGUGGAAUCAUUCUGAAAUCACAAAGAAAUUUCCCUUUAUGA